AAGUUGUAUGAUUUUAGAGAAAGCUGCUACUGAAUCCACACAAGGGCCAGACUUUGCCUCGAUCUUAUUCACCUAGUAUCACCACCAAUCCUCAACACCACGUGGGCAGAAUCCUCUGUCCUGGCAGAGUUCCACUGCUACUUUGACCACACAAAUCCUUCCUGUCUAGAAUCAGCUGGUUUUCUGUCCUUGUCUUGUCUGAGGACCGGAGCCAGGAUUCGGGAACUCCCAGAGACGCACCAGGUCGGCUCCACAGCAGGCCAGGCUCCGGACUCGCGUGGCGCUCCCCGAGACCCCCAGCUCCCCAUGGCGGCGACACUGAGCCUGGAGCCCGCGGGCCGCAGCUGCUGGGACCAACCGCUGAGCAUCGCCGUGCGCGGCCUGGCCCCCGAGCAGCCCAUCACCCUGCGCUCUGCCCUGCGAGACGAGAAGGGCGCGCUCUUCCGAGCCCACGCGCGCUACCGCGCCGACGCCCACGGCGAACUCGACCUGGCGCGCGCGCCCGCGCUGGGCGGCAGCUUCGUGGGAAUUGAGCCCAUGGGGCUGCUCUGGGCCAUGGAGCCAGAACGGCCUUUCUGGCGCCUGGUCAAGCGCGACGUGCAGACGCCCUUCGUGGUGGAGCUGGAGGUGCUGGACGGACACGAGCCCGACGGCGGGCGGCUGCUGGCGCGGGCGGUGCACGAGCGUCACUUCAUGGCUGCCGGGGUGCGGCGCGUGCCCGUGCGCGAGGGCCGGGUGCGCGCCACGCUCUUCCUGCCCCCAGGCAAGGGCCAGUUUCCUGGAAUCAUCGAUUUGUAUGGAAGUGUUGGUGGCUUAUGUGAAUACAGAGCCAGCCUCCUGGCUGGGCACGGUUUUGCUGUGCUUGCUUUGGCUUAUUUCCGAUUUGAAGACCUCCCUGAGCUUUUGAGUGAAGUGCACCUGGAAUACUUUGAAGAAGCCUUGGCCUUCAUGCUACGCUAUCCGCAGGUGAAAGGCCCAAAUAUUGGGCUCCUUGGAAUCUCCAAAGGUGGUGAUCUAUGCCUCUCGAUGGCUGCUUUCCUGAAGGACAACAUCACAGCCACAGUCCUUAUAAACACCUGUGUGGCCAACACAUUAGUACCUCUGUAUUACAAGGAUCUGUUUGUUCCUAAUCUUGGGUGUGACCAAACCAAAAUUAAGAUCAUGGAGUCAGGCCUUUUGUAUUUGGGGGAUAUGUGGAACAAUCCACUGGAGGAACCUAACCACCCAAGUCUUGUUCCAUUGGAAAAGGCUCAGGGACCCUUCCUGUUUAUUGUGGGCAUGGAUGAUCAUAACUGGAAGAGUGAUGUCUAUGCUCGUAUAGCCUGUAGCCGUCUACAAGCCCAUGGAAAAGAGAGGCCCCAGAUAAUCUACUAUCCAGAAACUGGUCACUGUAUUGACCCACCAUAUUUUCCUCCUCCCAUAGCCUUUGUACAGGUGGUGGUGGGUGAAGCAAUCUUCUAUGGAGGUGAGCCAAGUGCUCACUCAAGGGCACAGCUGGAUGCCUGGCAACAAAUUCAAACUUUCUUCCAAAAAUAUCUCAAUGGCGAAAAGCCUGCCAGGCACAGCAAAAUGUAACAUUGUAAUUACAUCGAAAGUUCUAAUUAUGCCCUGCAGAUUCUUUUGGGUUUCCAGAGUACUAAGGAAGUUUGGGAGUUAGAGGAGAGGAGAGGAAAGGGAGAGGAGGGGAGGGGAAGCAGGGACCCAGACCGGGUCUCACACUCACUAUGUAGACAAAGAAGAACUUUUAAUCCUCCUGCUUCCACGACUUGAGUGCUGAUAUAGUCCUACACUAUCAUGCCUAGUGCUCUGCCUUGCCAAGGACAAAACCCAGGGUUUUCAUAUGAUGAGCCUAAAGGGACUAAGGCUGAUUCCAUGACAGGCUACAAACUGACAAUUUUGGAAACCAGGCCUAAGUUUCUGUUUUCCAGAAAUGAGAACCCAGAACCAACCACAGCCUCAGUCAUCCAAUCCAAGAACAUCUUGUCAUAUGGCCUGAAGUUAAAAUAGACAGCUAAAAUAAAUGAACAACCCUCCAGUGAGGUCUCCAGAGCUUAACCCAUUGUAAAAUUAGUCAGACCCCUAUGGAUAGAGCUAAGCAGUCAAGGUAAAAGGCCCAGCCCCCUCCUAGAAUUCCCCUGACAAUAAAAGCUGGGCCUUCAAGCCCACUAGAGGUCUCCAUUCCCAAAGGGGGAGACUCCUACAUACAAGUUAUUUGACUAAAUAAACGCUCUUUGCUUUUACAUACUGUUUACAUCUGAGAUAUUCUCUGGCGAUUCUUAGACCCCUAACAGGCAUGCAUUCAGCCAACAAAGCUAUGUCCCCAGCUUUGGAAGCUCCCUAGGAAGCUCCGCAUGGGAAGCUCAGCCUGUUUGUAAGGCUCCUACUGGACAAUGAGCCUUCACCACAACUCUCCUUCAGUGCUGCGACUUCUCUCUCCUCUGAAUUUCAGCUAAUGGGUCUGUUUAGCUCUGUAAGACCAGCCUUAACCUGAAGUAAAAGAAGAUAAGAAGUAUUUGUACAAUUCUCAGUUACUGGACUGAGGAUUCCAUUCUGAGGAAUUCCAUUCUUUCAUUCUGCUUCUGAUGGAACCCACCUGCCCAAGUCAUACAACAAAUAGAUUCUGCCUUGUUUUUGUUUUUUUUUUGUUUGUUUGUUGUUGUUGUUGUUGUUGUUGUUGUUGUUGUUUUAGCAGUUUUCAACAUGCCUGAAAUUUACUCAAGACUUCUCCCUGACCCCAAAGUACUUAUCAAUAUACUUAUGCUUACCAUUUUGUGUGGAUUACUGUUCACUGUGUGAUAUUUCCUGUCUGAGAAAAAUGUUUCGAUGUCAAGAUGACUAUGACUAAGAAAUGUGAGCCAGAGCCUAUGACUUUGGGCACAGC